UCAUAAAUGUAAGAGCAGAUUAAUUUCCUUGACUAAACUUCGUAUCGAAAAAGUUUUUAGCAACAUCUUUUUAUAUUUUUUAAAGAAACAAAUAAAAAUAAUAAUCUUGAAUUUUGUGUGACUCCGCUUUGUUGCGCAACUGGGCACUCCUUCUUCUCCCUUGAGCUUCUUCAUUUUGGUAGCGACACUGUUUGUUGUAUUGUCUUGUCCAUCAUGUUCAUACCUCAUAAUUCCCCUUUCAUUUUCCUCUAGAAGCACAUCUUUUAAAUGGGUCAUUCAUCACCACCGCAACUCGCACCAGAUAUUAUUUCCCCAUUUUCAUCGUCAAUUUCACAAAACACUUUCACACAAUGCUAACUUAACACUGUCCCUGUUAACUUUUCUUCUCUCUCUCUGUCUUUGUGUGUUGUUUACUUGUUUGUAGUAUUUUGGGAAAGAAGCACCAAAGAGCCAAGCGAGUUCACAUGGGAUUGGGAACAACCCAAAGGAGGAGGAGAAUCCAAGGUAGCAAAGACGAUGGAGUUGGAAACCAAGUUGCGUGCGAUACAGAAAUCCUUCGACGACCGUUACUCACGCUACGCGCGCGAGUCGCUCGACGAAUUGCCUGAUAAUUUCACCAUCACCGACCCUUCCAUACCGGGCCACCCCAUCGUGUUCGCCAGCCUCGGGUUCCUCAAGAUGAUGGGUUAUUCCAGAGAUGAAGUUGUUGGCAAGAGUGGGGCCAUGUUUCAGGGUCCAGGGACUUGUAGAAGGUCGGUGAUGGAGAUUCGAGAGGCCGUUAGGGAAGAGAGAAUGGCUCAGGUCAACUUGUUGAACUAUCGCAAGGAUGGCACACCCUUUUGGAUGUUGUUUCACGUUUCCCCUGUUUUCAGUGCCCAUGGCGGCGCCGUCGUUCACUUCGUUGCGGUUCAGGUCCCACUCCACAGAAAACCCAGGGUUCGGAGCCAGGACGGAUCCAGGGUGCAGGAUUUUGGGUUUGGUUGUUGUAGGAAAGAAGUUUGCUCUGAUUCUUUGCUCGAACUUGGUCGUGUUUCUUCCUUGGAUCAAGUGUUGGAACAUGAUGUCAGAGAAUUGGAGAGUGAAGAGCCGUGUGAGGCAAGUGAUGUUGAGAAGAGAAGUGCUGUGACUGCCAUGGACAACAUUUUUUCUGUACUAACCCACUAUAGCGAGUCGACGGGCAGAUUGGUGUGUAGAAAGAGAUGCAGCAUGCCUGACUUUCCUUGCAGAACUAAUCCACAUUUACCGGACAUACCUAUUGUUUAUGCCAGUGACGCCUUCUUGAAAUUGACAGGGUAUCCAAGAGAUGAAGUGUUGGGCCGCAACUGUAGAUUUUUAGGUGGAACAGAUACUGAUACCUCAACUUUACAUCAGAUAGGGGAAAGCAUUAAAACUGAACAACCGUGCACAGUACGUAUUUUGAAUUACAGGAAGGAUAAAAGCUCAUUUUGGAAUCUUCUUCACAUUUCACCUGUUCGUGAUGCUUCUGGCAAGGUAGCAUACUUUGUGGGAGUUCAAAUAGAAGAUGACUAUAAAAACGAGGAUAGACAGUGUUGGAGACCUGAGAUGAGGCAUCUUAGCGUGGUUGGUGUGGUCAAGGCCGCAGUGAGGAGUUCAUCAUUAACUGCCGGAACUUCGAAGUCAAAGUCAUAGGAUAAAUCCUGGUGGAUCCUUCGCCUUUGAUAUAUGGUUUUCCAAAUAAUAUGCCUACUUCCCAAAAAUGUUAUUCCCUUGGAGAAGUUAUCAAUCUCAACUGCUGAUUGUUGAGAUGACAGAAAAGAUCAAAAAUUGAUUUGUGAAAUCGAUUCAUAUUGUCAAUUGUAAGAAAUCAUUCUGCAUUGGAAGUCUAUAAAAUUUCUUUUCCCACAUGGUGCGUUGAAAGGAACUUUUAUUUUCCUCAAUGUAGCUAUAAAACUUAUGACUUGUACUAACUUCACCUCAUCUUUAUAGUUGCAGUGACUAUUCAACCUUACAUUUUUAUUCUUCUAUGUAUAUUGAUUCAGUUUUUACUAAUUUUGAU